GACCUUCGUGUGCGUGGAACUCCCACUCAGGAGGGCACGACCCACUUUUCCAGCCUGACGCCGCCGCAGCCCGCUAAUACUAGUCAGUACUUUGUCAGUUCUUUCCAGCGAGCAGAAGGACUAAAACUCUUUUUUUUCCUGAUGUUUGCUGCCAAGUCGCAUCUUCGUGACCACUCAUGGAUGUUGAAAACUUUCCGCAUUCUCGGGUGUCAACCAAGAGCAAAGCCCCCAGCCCGCCGGCACUGAAGAGUCUGGAUUCCUCAGGUUUCUCCCAGUGGUAUCCAGGAAACCUGGCAUUCACCAUGGACCACAAGGAGAAUCUCAUCGAUAAGGACCUUUCUCUCGUUGUGGUUUUGCCGGACGGGGUGGAAAAGAUGACCACGGUUCACGGCAGCAAGCCCCUGAUGGAUCUGCUGGUGACGCUGUGUGCCAGGUACCACCUCAACCCGUCCAGUUACACCUUAGAACUGCUGCCAGCCGGCCGGCACGACUCCAAGCUGAAGCCCAGCGCUCUCAUCGGAACCUUGGAGGCAGAGAAGGUGGUCCUCAAAGCCAGAGGAGACGACAAGAACAAGAAAGUCGGUCCUCACGUGCCAGAGGCCACGGUCCGCAUGGUGAUCAACUACAAGAAGAGCCAGAAAACUAUCCUCCGGGUCAGUCCUCAGGUUCCCCUGACUCAACUCCUGCCAGCCAUCUGUGAGAAGUGUGAGUUUGCAGUGGAGAGCACACUUCUGUUCAGAGACCUGCACUCACCGGCCCCUCUGGACCUGUCCUGGUCCCUCAACCAUUACGCCAUCAGGGAGCUUUAUGCACGAGGCUGUGGAGGAAACAUUUCUCCUCCUGCAUGUCUGGACUCCGCCCCCCCGGCAGGUAGUGGACAUGUUGUGGACUCCGCCCCCCCGGCAUGUAGUGGACAUGUUGUGGACUCCGCCCCCCCGGCAGCAGUGACGCCUGGCAAAAACAAGACUCAGAAAGAGAAGGAGAACAAAGGCCUCUUCAGCAAGUUCCGGAAGAGCAAGAAAACGUCGGCGCAGGCCAGUUCUCCAGCCAGUGCUCCGGCUUCUCCGGUGCUGGUGAUCAAGCCUCGACCUCUCAGCAUGGCCUUGCCCAGGUCCAGCUCGCCGCCGCUCACGUCCCCGACGUCGCCGAGCGGCGAGGCGCCCAAGAAGAGACGAGCGCCUCAGCCGCCCAUCCUGGUGUCUCAGAACUGCCACACCCACCCCGGCACCCGCCAGAGGUUCUACUCCGUACCCAACACCCCGCUGGACUGCCAUCAGGGGUCUGGUCCAAGUCCCGGCUCCUCAGCCGAGUCGUCACUGAAGAGACCCAAACGCAAGGCGCCCCUGCCGCCCACACCCCCGGGGGUGACUGUCCCGGAUACAGUUUUUGCUGAGGAAAAUACACAAGAGUCUGACGGCCAUCUGGUGGUUUUUGCAGACCUCCCAGCAGCUGAAACACUGGAGGAGAUCAUGGAGGAGACGUCGGCAGCUGCAAGCCAGGUCCUCGGAGAAGACCCGAGUCUCCCAGACCUUGGGGACGAUCAAUGUGGUGAUCUGUCCUCAGAUGGCAAAGCGCCACAGAUCCCAGGUGACACCUUGGAUGUGAAGACACUGGAUGGCACGUCUCACCUGACAGAACGUCAGUCCACACCUGAACAGCCCGGAGACGAGGACCGCGUCCAUGGAACCGACGGCCCCCAGCCGUCACCGCAGGGUGCAGGGACAUCUCAGGCAUCUGUUGGGGAAACCUCCACGAAGGAGACGUUCGACCCCGAGCACCUGGGCAUAAAGGACGCAUCACGCCCCAGUGGCGAGGACGCGCAAGUGCAGACAGACCAAGCUAUCUCUUCUGCCAACCAGACGGCGAAUGCCACCACUGCCACCGACCUCACCUGUAGCCAAGCCUCAGAGGUUUCCUCGUGCCAAGACUCAACGCCAAAAUCCCACAGCCGCGUAGACUUUGAGCCCAAGCCUUCCAAUGAGUUGACCAGGGACUACGUUCCCAAGGUGGGGAUGACCACGUACACGGUGGUGCCUCCCAAGUCCAAUGAGAAGCUGAGAUACUUUGAAGUCGCGCUGACACUGGAGUUGCCCCCUGCUGUUCAGUCCGACGGGGAGGGGCCACAAGCCAACGUAGACACUGUCGAUAGAUGCCUAGCUCAAUCCACUUCCGCCUCACCACCCAGCAGAUUGUGCUCACCUCAAGAAGGUCCACCAGGAGAGGUCCGGGCCACCAAAGUUCCACCCGCAACUAAACCCAAGCCGGGUUCUUUCCGCUUGUCCAAGCACAAAAAGACAGCUGGGUAUUACGUUACAUCAGCCGCAGAGAAGAUCGGUCCUGCUUCUGUGGACCAGGUGGACUCACCACCACACGAGGGCGCCACAGCGGCGACUGAUGCUCCCAGCCAGGUGCGGGAGACGAGGCAGAGCAAAGAGCAAAGGUUAAGCUUGGAGAAACUGAGGAGCUUUGCUACUCCCAGGCCUUUUUCCCCCAGCACGCCGUCCCGGUUCGCCCAGGCCGUGUCGUUUGCCGUGAGGCGUAGCCACUCCUUGCCACACAGACCCGAGUCACCCGGCUCUCCGCUGAGGCCGAGUCCUCCUGCUGCCGGUCCGUGUUCCGUCGUUGAGAAGGCUGCAGUGUUGGAUUUGAAGGGUCAGGUGCCAGGGGUCCAGGGUCAGGUGCCAGAGGUCCAGGGUCAGGUGCCAGAGGUCCAGGGUCAGGUGCCAGAGGUCCAGGGUCAGGUGCCAGGGGUCCAGGGUCAAACCACAUCCUCAGACGGCAGCCAAGAGCCACCAAUAGAAGCACCUGACGACAGCAAAUGAUCUUCUGAGAACAUCUGGACUUCUUUGCUCCCAGACCCCUUCAUAGUCCUGACCCUACAAGGACUUCUCUGCUCCCAGACACCUUCAUAGACCUGACCCUUAAUGGACUUCUCUGCCCCCAGA